AAGACACAAGACACAACGCAACCCACACAACCAACGGCCACUUUGCACAUCAGCACCUGCUCUGCUCUCAUUUUCAGUGGGACUCUGGAACUGCCAGUCAGCUGUGAACAAAGCUGACUUCAUUCCAGCCUUCGCCACACAGUCCAUCCUCAGCAUCCUUGCACUGACAGAAACAUAUACGUCCAGAGGAUACAGCAACACCCGCUGAUCUCUCCAACAACUUCUCCUUCUCUCACAUCCCUCGACCCACCGCUAGGGGUGGGGGAACAGUUUGCUCAUUCCAAACAACUGGACAUUUUCACCACACUUUUCUCUAUGUAACAAUACUUCUUUUGAAUUCCAUGCUAUUACUACAAUGCAACCCACAAAAAUCCAUGUUGGUGUCAUCUAUUGCCCUCCAGGUCAACUGGCAAACUUUCACGAGGAGUUGGACGUCCUGCUGUCCUCCUUCCGGGAAGAUGGUAGGCCACUUGUGGUUCUUGGAGAUUUCAACAUACACCAAGAUAAGCCCCAGGCCACUGAGCUUCAUGCUCUUCUGGCCUCAUUUGUCUUGGAAAGACUAAGCACUACAGCAACUCACAGAUCAGGCAAACAGCUGGACCUCAUUUUUACACGUAACUGUACCAACUCAAAUAUUCUUGUUACUCCUUUACAUGUCUCUGAUCACUACUUUGUUCAAUUCAACAUGACUCUCCCAUCUAUAUUAAAACAGACUCCGCUUUUGGGUUCCUUUUGCCAUAACCUCCGUUCUCUUUCACCCUCAUGCCUUUUCACUGCUAUUUUUACCUCUCUUCCCACACAAAAUUUAUUUUCCACCCUGGAUGUAAACACUGCCACAGACACACUAAGCUCUACUUUAACAACCUGUCUAGACAGCAUCUGUCCUCUCUCCUCUAGGCCAGCGCGUAUGACACCACCCAGCCCCUGGCUCUCUGAUGUUCUUCGUGAACAUUGGACUGAACUCAGGGUGGCUGAGAGGAGAUGGCAGAAAUCUAAAGAUCCAGCAGAUCUAGAACAAUCUGCUGGAUGACAAUCAGUCAGACUUCAAAAGUGGACUCUCCACCGAGACUGCCCUGCUGUCUGUCACUGAGUCACUGAGAUGGGCGAAAGCUGAAUCCAGAUCAUCCGUCCUGAUUCUGCUGGACCUUUCUGCAGCCUUGGACACAGUCAACCAUCAGAUCUUACUCUCUACCCUCUCUUCGCUGGGCAUCACAGGAACUGUGCUUGACUGGUUUAAAUCCUAUCUCUCAGGUAGGUCCUUCAAGGUAGCCUGGAGAGGUGAGGUGUCCAAGUCCACAUCAGCUACUUACUGGAGUACCUCAGGGUUCAGUGCUUGGGCCACUUCUCUUCUCUAUAUACACAACAUAACUGGGACCCAUCAUUCAGGCACAUGGUUUCUCUUACCACUGCUACGCCGAUGACACACAGCUCUACUUAUCUUUCCAGCCCGAUGACACCACAGUGACUGAUUGAAUCUCUGCCCGUUUGGCAGACAUCUCGCCCUGGAUGAAGGAACACCACUUGCAACUUAACCCAGCCAAGACUGAACUCCUUGUCUUUCCAGCCAACCCUGCUGUUGAACACAACAUCCCCGUGCAGCUGGGUGCAAGUACAGUAAGGCCUUCCAAAACGGUCAGAAAUCUAGGUGUAACCAUCGACAACAAACUACAUUUCACAGACCACAUCUCAAAGACCGCAAGAUCAUGUAGAUUUACACUUUACAGUAUCAGAAAGAUAAGACCCUUCCUCUCUGAACAUGCCACACAACUUCUUGUUCAGUCACAUAUCUAGACUGGACUACUGUAAUGCUCUCAUUGCAGGCCUCCCUGCAUGUGCAAUUAGACCCCUGCAAAUGAUCCAGAAUGCAGCAGCACGUCUGGUCUUUAAUCAACCAAAGAGAGCACAUGUUACACCACUCCUUGUCUCUCUCCACUGGCUGUUGGUUGAUGCACGUAUCAAAUUCAAGACUCUGAUGCUGGCAUACAGAACAGUCACUGGGUCUGCUCCAGCAUACCUAAAAUCAUUUCUGCAGAGCUAUAUUCCCACCAGAAGCCUGCGGUUGGCUAAGGAACGUCGCCUUGUUGUACCAACACAAAGAGGCACCAAAACACUUUCCCGGACUUUUGGUUUCAACAUACCACGUUGGUGGAAUGACCUUCCCAACUCCAUCUGUGAAGCUGACUCACUUUCUGUCUUCAAAAAAUGGCUAAAAACACAUCUUCUCCAUGAUCACUAAAAAAAAAAAAAAAAAAAAAAUUCUUGUUGCACUUUAAUCUGUCUUAAAUACUACUAUUCUGAUGCUAGAGAAACUUUGUAAUACAGCACUUUUGGUACCACUGUCUCCUUAAGAUGAUUCGCUUAUAAUGUAUUCCUCUUUUGUAAGUCGCUUUGGAUAAAAGCGUCUGCCAAAUGAAUAAAUGUAAAUGUAACACUUGUGUUCAGAUUUGGA